GUUGAGAAUUAUAUGAUACAUUAGUACGCUUACACUAUUUUCUAAACGGUUUGCAAACAAGUAUUUCCCGUUUAAACUACUAAAACCUGAAAAUGAUCUUUGGACAUGAUUUGAAACGAAAACAUUAACUCCCUUACUUUAAUGUAAAGGUUAUAAGCGACAGGGCAGUCAGAUAAAAAAAAUAACACUAUCGCCAUAUAUACGGGAUCGUAUGCUUCUCGAAUGAAGCAUGUGGGUCAGUAAUAAAAUAGCAAAAUAAAUAGUAUCGACUAAGAAUAAGCAGUUAGAUAAUUAUGUAGACUAGAUACCAUUACUAUGUCAUAGAUGUAUCUGUUUUCAGUUUCCUUUAAAUAAUUAGCUUUUUUAUUUGUUAAAAUUUAUAAGCGUUUAAAAUAAUUAAAAAUUUUAUAGUUUGAACGAAUAUAAGGUAAACAAAUACCAUAGGGAUUCUCUUCAAUCAUUGAAAACCCCUAGCAAAACACAAAAAAGUUUGAAGACUCUUAAAGUCACAAAACUACUUUGAAAUUAUUUUGAUGGAAGUGAAUAAGUAAAACCACAUCAGUAUAGGGUGGUGAAACUUGUUGAGUUUUUGAUAGAGAUCAUGAAUCGAACAGUGUUAGACCCUCAUUGAAAACCUGGAAGCACUGGACAGCCAUUUCGUCUUAGUAUGGGAUUCUUCAGCAGAGAAAGUCAUAUGGAGAGAUGCAGACUUUCUGCUUAAAAUCUAAAACCAAUGAUUAAAAAUGUAGUGAUCUUGCUCGAAAUCACUUUCAAUGAUGUCGAUACAUUCAUCUUUUAUCUUGCUCUAAAGCAUUAGCUUAGUAUAACAUGACACUUUAUAUCCUUUAUUCCGAUUCAUUACUUUUGAAAAAAGAUAGCUUAUGCUUAGGCUUUUACUCACAUAGAUAUUAUUGUUCCUAUCAUCUACCUUUUAUCUGGUCUAUUUCUUUCGUAAUGAAUCGUGAUAUGACAACUUGAACUGGUACUCGUACUAGUCUUUAUUAUCGUCCAUGACUAAUCGGAUAUUUCUAUUAACUUCAAUAAUGAAAUCGUUAUGCUACAACUGUUUUAUUUCUAUGCAUGUAUGCUGGUGAAAAUAUUUUCAAUAGUAUAAAGUUCAAAGAUUCUUUUAUAUUCAAAUGAACACAGUAUGACUUUUGAUUCACUGCUUAAUAUCAUUCUAAUAUUAUGAUAAGAAUAAAUCACUUUUCGUAUCACAUGUCUACUUACAACAGCUGUUCGGUCGAUUGAAGCAGUAGGAUGUAUGAAUACAUGACCAAUUAUGAUCGGUCCACAAAUCGACGGUUGGCAUUUGCCAUUCAUCACAACUAAUGAUGAAUUAAUGGGAUCAUCUAACAUUUGUAGGUUUGAUGAACUUGGUAUUGACAUUUUAGCAAGUCGAUGAGGAUGGGUUCUUUCAUAAAGUGACAAUAUAUGACGAUUAGCGUAGAUUACAGCACUGAACAAAAAUAAAAUGAGAUAAUUAGUUAUCAAGAUAUAUGACAAAAUUUCUGAACUUAAAAAAUAUAAUACCAGGUAGUAAGAUUGAAGAUAGGCAAUAUUAAAAAGUAAUAACUGGGAAACAACGGUCACAUCCAAAUUUACAUUUAUAUAUUAGUUGAAAUUUGUAUAACGAUUAAAGACAUUUACCAAACAAAUAAAUCUCUGUAAACUUAUUUAGAGAUUACUGUUAUGUGGUGCAACUGAACUUCACGUAUAAAGUAAAAAACACUCAUCUUUAGUUAAUAUGACUAAACUGCAAAAUUAAAUAUAUGAAAUUGAUGCGCCCUGACACAGACUACCUGGACUUAAAUUUCAACUGGAAUAUAGAACUAAAUAACAAGUUGAAAUAAGUGUAUUUGGAUUAUGACAGCUUCUCAUCCCUGUUUGGUGGAAAACGUAUUGUUAAGAUAGGCUCAUAGAUUCAAUUUGUCUAUGGAAUAUCCACAAAUUACAAAAUUACGCAAUUAAAUCAAUCAAAACAAUAUAGUAACGAUAUUUAACUACAGAAAAGAGGUUAAUUAUGUGACUCUGUAAUUACUACUGGGUAUCUAUGAUAUUUUGACCUGACAUUAAAUGAUUAAUCGGAGUUCAGUUCAGUCCACGUUUAGUCGACAUCUAACUAGUUAUCAGUGAAAUGAUACGAAAAAAUUAGUGUAUUUUCUUUGUCUUUUUUUGGUGAUUAAAUAAAUUUAUGUUUUUUCUCACUUGCAUCGAAUUGUGUGUUUCUUUUUUAGAAAAAUGCCUUGUUUCUGGUCAAGGAAAGUGUAAUCAGACUUCUUGUUCAUAAACCGUCGAUAACACAGAAGUUGGAUUAUCAUGAAUUGAAAAAGUUAACCCAUCUAGGCCAUAUGUAUAUAAAACUCAGAGAGUACUAAGAUAAAAUUUUGUAUCAUUUAGUUUCGUAGGAGAUAUGUUAAUUUGCUUAGUCAGAGGAAUUAUUAUGAUGUCAGUCUAUAAAAGAUCAACUGCACAACAUGUUGAUGUGAGUAGUGAUAUUCUAUAAUAGAGAAUACAACAGUCGAAAUAAAAUGCUUCAUUUGCAUAAUUACUACCAUAAUUAUCACCAACUCAACAUCAGUUUCUGAAACCUAUUGGAUUUGUUUGUGAUAUUUUCCAUUACAUAAACACUGAGUAACGGUAAGUGAUGUGUUAUUCUUCAACUGAACAAGGGGCAUAAGGAACCUAGAGUUUCAGUUCUUAACAUUAGUGGAUGAUUACACGACUAAAUCGAAUGUAUAUUCCAAACAAACAAAAUACUUCUAAGGUUGUCAGAUAACAGGAGAUAUAAGUGUUGUGUGUUGUAUCAGUUUCACUGUGCCUCCUAAAAAUACGCCAUUUGAUUCCUUUUUAUAUUAUUGAUAUUCUAGCGGAAAGUUAAUUCUGUUGGUGACAAUAAGAAAAUACAAUAAAUUCAGUUUUCUGAAACAGUCAACGUGUAUGCAUAUUAAGGGAGGAGUUUUGAUCAGAAUAAAAAAUAUCUCACUCAAAUCUGAAUGCAAUACAAAAAUUUGGCUCAGUGAUAAAUCAUUACGGUACCACAUUAUGUGUUAAGUAGGUGAAAAGCAUUGUGAUCUACACCAACCAUAAUGAAGCUUCUCCCAAGUAUCUUAACGACGUAUCAAACUUUAAACUUCAACUAAAAAUUUUACAACCAUAUAGUUUACUGGUUUAGCAUGUCAGUUAAGUGAGUCAUUUUGAAUUCCUUUUUCCAUAUACAUUAGGUGGUUGAAUGUGGUCAACAAGAAACCUCCGACCUAAAUUACGCGCUAGCUGGCACUCGUCAAUAAGGCAUACCUGCAAUUUUUAAGAGGUUGAUUUCCCCUGGUGGAUUCAGACACGUGUCAUUCAGUUUCACAGCCUAAAACGCUAUGACUGAACGUUUUGGGCGUUUUGAUUGACCUCCUGUAUGACUGAGAUAUGUAUAUUGAUUGAUCGCUGAGUAAUGGUUAAUGUCAUAUUUGUCUAGCACUCACAACUGAUCAAACUACAUCGAAAAGUGUGUUGAAAUAUAUAAUUAAAGCUGGAAGUAACUAAAAUUAGCCACAAACAUGUAAAACCCAUCUUAUGCAAAUGAUAAUAAUGGUACUUUUAUACAAAACAUUAUACACCAACAAAUACAAUUAAUAACGAGUUAUAAAAGAUUACCACAUCUAAGAAAAACUAGUCUUUUGAUGUGUUUUUCACAAAAACAGAGAAAAUAAACAGAUAACUUCUUAAAUUUUGUUACCCAGCAAAUUUGAUUUGACUCCAAAACCGAUUGGUAUGAUAAACAAAUAAAGUCCCACUUCCAGCUAACGGUUGACAUAUUUCUCGUUCUAAAUGAAUAGUUUCUUUGCAUGAAGGUCUUAAAUCAUAGCUAGAAUUGGAUAUGAGAGAAACAGAAAAAAAAGACUGACCAAAUCAAAGUAUAGCUUUUCGUCAAUAAGAAAUCCAGUACACAAGACAUGUUUAUUAAAGGUUACAGGACAAUAAGAACAACAGUACAAUAAUAAUCAACCAUGUACAGUCAAAUACGUGUUAUAUUGUAUAUAUAAUAACGAACGUUAGGAAUGGUAUAAACAAGUGAAUAUUUAGAAGUGAUAAACUGUCACUUUUGUGAUUUUCGAGAAACUAAACAAUAAACUUAGACACCUGGACAAUUUCGAUUUUUCAUUAAAAAAAUAAUACAGCAAUUGCUCCAUACUUAAAUACAUUUUGUGAUGAUAAUAGAAUGGAUAUUAUAUUAAAUAAACAUAAAACAGUACUCAUCCUUUAUAACUACUUCAAAUCAUAAUAUUCGCAGUAGUUUUGAACUAUGCGUUACAAUAAAACGGCACCUAAUAGAAAGUAUCUAGAUAUUAUUGAAUCCUACUAUAUAACGCAUAUAUAUCAUAAGGAUCAACAAUCAUAUCAAAAUGUGUCGACAACCAAAAAAACAAGCCCGAAAAAGCCCCAAACCUUCGGAUAAUAAUAACUCUGUUGUUACUUUAAUUUCCCGAUUUUUGUGCCAUUCUCCCCAAAAUAAGGAGAUUGGCGCCUAUACCCAAUGCUCACAUAUUUUGAUGUACCAAGUAUGUGUUCGACCACUCCUAGAAUACUAAAUGUUUGUUCUUAGUAGUGUGCGCAUAAAGGAUAAAUUAGGGUUGGAAUCCGUAUAGAGACGAUUUACACUUCGGAUUCUUGGAAGUGGUUGUGUUUUAAAUUAUAAGUCCAGAUGUAAUAAACUUGGACUCGACCCUUUAUGGGAGAGGAGACUCAAACUAAAUUUAAUCUUUUCAAAAUACUUAAUAAAAUAUCCUUUACAUACAGUUAAGGAAUUCAAUAUGCAGAAACUUCUAAUUAUGAAUUCCGUAACUCCUUGUCAUUAUUGAAACAAACCAAUUCUAAAUUGUCUCUAUAUGAAUUACUUUACCAGUAAAUUUUCCAGACACUGGAAUAAUCUAGCACGAUCUAUCUGUAAGAUAAAAUCACUUCCAUCCUUUCUUCGCUAAAAUGAUGCCUACUGCUCCUCUGAAAAUGCAUUAAAUGUUCUAGCACCUGUAAGAGUAAAUGUUUAGCCAUUCUUACUAUUGAAUCCACUAAGUAAAACCACCUACCUGCUGUUACUUUACAUUAACACCAGCACUGGCAACACUAAAUAAUUUGAAUAAUAUCUUUAAAAAAUUGCCCUUUUUGUUACGUGUUCUCUGGAUCUGUUUUAUUUCCUUUAAUUACAGAUGGUUAUAAUAAAUUCGUUAUGGCACAGUAAGUAACCUUAAAUGCACUGUUCAUACGUCAACAGUGUGCCCAAUUAAGAAGAAUUAAAAGUCCCCAGCUAAUGCAUUUCAUUGCUGUAAUACAUGUCAUAAAUGUAAUACCUAAACAAUUUUUGAACUAGUAAACUUAAAACAAUCUGAUAUUACAUGUUUGUUCUUUACAUUCAAUGUUACUAUUUAUAUCAAGCUGAUCAUGCCCGUAAACAGGCAUGAAUUCUGUAAUGGCUAUUUUCAGAAUAUAUUAUUAUUAAGACAACUAUCACCACUCUAUAAUGUGAUUCAUAAUGUUUACGAGUCGACUCGUGAAUUUAGCUGUGGAGAAAGAAAAAGUCAUAAUAAUCUUUUGAUGAGCUUAAACUGUUCGUAAUGGAGAACACAUUGGGGAAGUCGUAUAUUUUGAAAUGAUUUCACGGAGAAUUAUUAGGUAAAACUUUAUUGCAUAAUUAAUAAAUGAUUGGAUCAUCACAAUUUUAUGUUCACCAUACUGCAAGCUUUCUCUAGAAUUAAUAGAUAUUAUCAUACGUUUUACCAAUAUUUAAUUACUCUGACUUAAUUAUUCACAAGUUGUUCCAACUUUCUACUACAUUAACCUGACUUCUGCAUAAACUACGAUUUCGAAUUUGCGGUGUAAUUCGGUCUGAUAAUUAAUGUAAUAUAAACCUAUGGGCGCUUCAAAUCCAUUAAUAAAAGCUCGCCUGGUGCUGUUUUCUCCUGCUUUCAUCUAAAUACUGAGCUAGAAGAGGGACAGCGUUGUGGAACAAUAGAAGUCAAGAUUGUCUCGUAACUGCUGAAUGUUAAUCGUUGAGAGUCGAAGCAUGUUGUGGGUCUAUAGACGAGAAAUGACGUAGAGGAGAAUAAACUCCCCACCAGUAUUCUCCAUCCAACUCUAUCCUGGUCAACCCUUUCCAGUUGCUAUUCAUCCUUUUCAUAUCUGCUUUGGCGAAUUCGCCGAAAAGAGAACCAAAACAAGGAAGUAAACAACGACAAAUUUAAGGUCAAUAAGAACCAAUCAACGUCGAGGUGCACAGAACAAGCUUUGAGACACAUAUGGAGAAAUUCAAACACUUCACUUCUAUCUGAAGUUUGUGCUGAUGAUGUCGUUCAGAAGAACGAUGAAAGCUCCACGACCAAACCAUCCAGCUCAGAGAACAAAACUCCACCGAAAACUCUUCGCUGAACUAAUCUUUCUUAUUUAAUGUCAUCAAAAAAUUACAAGUGUUUUAAUCAACAUAGCUUGAUUUAAUCAUUACGAUAGCCAAGUAAGACCACUAUUUCAAGAUACUAGCUACAAUCAAAGACAAUUGUAUCGUCUUUAAUUGUUGAACUUCUCAAAGGUGCACCUAGUAAAUAGCAAUAGGAAUGGUAAAAUAUCAAAACAAACAAGUACGAGAUAUGUAAAAAAGAGUAAAACGAGGUUGUAUGAAAAAUUUAGUACAUGGUAAGGCCUUAAUCUAUCUGUCUGAUUCGGAUGUAAGUCAACCAUAUUCUCUAACUACUAAUUCCUGACAUAACAAAAGUACCAUACACAAAGUAUGAAUAUCUUAAUAAAAGCUUAAGCUAACAGUGAGUAACUUUACAGACUGAUGACAUGCAUAAAUUGAGAGUGCUUUAGGAGAACCUAACGAAAAAUUUUAAUUAUCCAUCUGAAUUUUUGAGUACUCUUUCAUCAUUGUCAUUUAAAUAAGCUUAUUUACGAACUUGAUUUAAAUCUCCUAUAUUUAAAAAACUUAACGAGAAAACUACUUACUUUAGUUGAUUCUGAUGUUCAAGAAAAGCUAUACGAAUAAAUUUAAAUAUCCCAGGAGUAAAUAGGUAAAGACCACAAUUUAUUGUUGUGCUGACGAACGUUGCUGGCUUCUCGACAUAAUGCAUAACCUUUAACGAUUUGAGAAUUAAACAAGACAAUGAAUAAAUAAAGUAAUAUAUUUAUGUACGUAUAUAUGUAGAAUUAAAAGCAUUACCAAUAGCUUCAUGUAGAACACAUCUUUGAGGGAUGUUACCGACCGUAGCUGCUACUUUGAUAUAGUAGUCGACCUUGCUUCUAAUGAGAUAUAUUGGCUGGAACACAUGUUCAUUCUUUAUCUUACCCCAAACCCUAAGCUUGUGAAUUCCCCACAACUUGUUUUUGUUUUUAUUUUACUAAUUUAUAUUUUCUUUAAUCAUCUUCGAUGCCUAAUCUUUACUCUUACCGCUGAUACUGUUACUACCUAUAACAUACUAGGACUUGCCCUGACAAUUUCAUUUCUCUGUGCUAAUGGGGCAUAGCAACUUAAACUGAUGUACAUAGGUACCGGGUUCUACGCUGCGAUUGACUAACUUGAGGGACAUUAUUACACAUAUUUUAGAAAGAUAUCCCACUUACACGAAAUUAGACAACAUACACACAAAUGCAGCCCAUUAAUGCAACUAUGUGGAAUUGAGUAAUACAGUUAUUUACAAGCAUAUACACUAAAGUGAAAUUAAGACUGAAAGAAAAGUAAGUGUUAAAAUCAUAAAUAUUUUAACGAAUAACCAGUUGCUCACUUCAUGGGUGUUGGGGUCUUCAACAAUACAACCGAACUUCAUAGACUGUUGACGUGUCGCCUAUUUAAUAAAAGCAAUAAAUUAGGAAAUUUUUAGGAAUUUUACGAUGCCCAUGAAAACAAUAUAUCAAAAUUCAAAAGAAUAAAUCAUUGCAACUUCAGUGAACCGAUUACGGACUGUCACUUCAAAUUACUAUAGCCGGUUGUAUUUGCCAGGAUUUUUUAGUACCUUAAUUUUUGUUUGGAUUCCCAGACAACUUGAAGUUUGAAAUCAUUCUCGAGAACAACAGAUUUGCUGAAAUUAAUCACUCCUGUAAAGUGUAAUUAGUUAACAAUAUUAACAAACCACAUGUAUAUUGAAUAAGGAUAGUAAAGUAAUGUAGCUUUCUAAAAACAAUGAGUGAUUAGUGCAUAUUGCCCUUACAUAGUCACUGUAGAAUAACUAUAGGACCCCCAUUCAUGCUAAUAUAAAAUGCUUAAUAAGUGAAUUUAAGUCAUUCGAAUGAAUCGAAAAGCACAACUAACCUUAAAGAAUCCUACACACUACUUCUCUGUUGACAUUGUAAUGUUUAAGCAUUUCGUUUCGUUUUGUACGGCCUAUUUUGGUAGCCGACUGUUUGGGAAAUUUUUUAUUUAUAAGUGAAAUUUUUUUACCAUAACUGGAUGAGCGAAUCCUAAAAAAACAAUUCUUAAAGUAGAACCUUAUUCAUAUGAAUAAUCAUUUCAACAAAAAAUUCAAACUACAUUUAGUCUGUAAUUAGUGUCGUUAAUUACGGCAUAUGAAUUGCAUCUUCAAAGUGUAGGUUCCUUCAACAAAAUUUGCAUAAGACAGUUCCUGCACUAUCUUUUUGCUUAUUCUCUAGAAUUGAUUAAAAUGUUCGUGUAUUUGAGUAGUCGCAGAAGCCUAGUAAUUGCAUGACAGAUAAAGGCAAUCUAUUCGUCAUAAAAUCCAGAGAGAUUUGUGCAAAUAUCGGUGAUUUACAGCAUCGUGCUGUAGAACAUAACUGUAUAGAACUGGCAUUUCAUAGUCAAUUAUGACUUCCAAAUUGUUAUUCUAGAAGUCAGAAUAUAAGACUGGUUAUGUUGCCGUUGUUUUCUGUAUUUUUAACAAUGAGAACUUCCUUGAGUGUCACUAUUUUAACUAUAAAUCACAUGAAGCGUUUUUAGCUGUCCUCUCAAUGUACUACUAUGUCAGUUUUUACUCAUACACUUAUAUGUUGUCUUCCACAUAGUUGGCGUGAUUUUGUCAUUCAAUGAGUCAGAAAACAAUCAAUUAAUUCCAUGUUGUUUCCAAUCAAAUUUUCCUUUUUAUUUCAAAAGCAUUUCCAAUACGAACGUUUUCUAUCCUCCUCAUCUAAAAACAUACCUAACCAAAAGAAUGGAUCAUGCCCACGGUUCUCAUCAUUCACCGGCCCAUGCUGGUAUGCAGUCAAGCGAUCAUUCCAUGGAUAUGAAAAUGUAUUUCAAUACUGAUAUGCACUAUACAUUGCUUUUUUCAUCCUGGAUUAUUGAUACAGUUGGAAAAGCGAUUGUAGCGUGUCUUGGCUCUUUCAUAUUCGCUAUCAUAUAUGAGGCCCUAGAAACAUUACGACAUAAAUUGCUUUUACGGGCAGCAUGUAACAAUCAGUGUGAACGUGCUGGAAAUUCCUACGGUGGUCCAUCAUGUCCAGGUUGUCCAACUUCGUCGGAUUCCAAUUCCAACAAAGGAUAUCUUAAUCCCGUUGAAUCGAAUGAAGAAGUUCAUGUUAACGUUUUUUCGAAUUCUUAUCGUGAAAAACUUCGUUCGUAAGUACCUCUUUGCGAAAUGUGUCUAUAAUUUUUUCCUCAAUAAUACAGUAACACUAUUGAGUAUUUAAUGUAUCUUAAGUAUCAUUUGAUUUCUUAAGUGUAAGAACAAUAAUGUCUAGAGAAUACGAUAAAUUUAUUCUAACUUAUUCCUUUUCCUUAGCUACAGAUAUUUCUAGAAUUCGCUUUUUAAUUUUGUUGAAUACUUAGUUUGAUAUGUGACUAAUACUCCAGAGCCAUUGCUUUUGUUACAUAGGUAAUUAUUCAAAUAACAUUGGUUACAAGCAAGUUUUUUUCUUAUUGUCUCACAAAACACGACGGCCUGCUUGAAUAUUUGGGCUACCUGUUCCAAUCAUCUAGAUAUUUCAACGAGUUAUCUUUUUAUUUUGUUUUAAUACAUUGUUAUAUCUAUUAGUCGCACAACCCAUUCAGGUGCGUAUAUGAAGAGUUUACGACCUAUCUUUUUACAAGGUACAAAAAAUACAAUUAGAGACAUCGCGAUGACUGGCAAUAUGCAUUGGAAAGAAUAAACAUUAAUCAAAUGUCGAUUUCUGAACUGAAUUCUAACUGCUGAUCACUAGUUGGCUAAGUGGACUAUCUUCAAUUUCCACUAAGUCUAAACAUGUAUCGUAAAUGUGGUGUAAUCACAAUUCAGGAAUCAUGAUUAAAUGAUUUACAAGAUGAGUGCUCAGUAUCACUACAAGAUUUCAAGGUCUUACGGUGGUGUAGCUACAUUUGUAAAUAUGAACUGGUGUCGAUCUACUUUUGCGUGUUUUAAGUUUUUGAACGACUUUUUCGACUGUGUAACUUUGAGAUGCUGUCCAAAACACAUGGUUAAAUACAAUUAUGUUUAUGUCACCAACAUCUACGUGACUUCGGACUGUAUAUCACCUGCACUAUCUAUUUUCGUUGAUUAAUUAACUGAAUUUGCUGUUACUGCCUUCAAUGGUUCACUUUCAAUUAUAUGCGAUGAUUUUAAUUCGUGUGACUAGCUUUCUCUCAUCACUAGGUCACCAAAAUGUAGUAGAGUUUCACACUCGUUUUGACGCCUAUUUAGACUUAGUUCCCACUAAUGAUGUGGUAUAUGUGUGACUCGUAAACGUGCUCCAUUGUCUAGUUUUGGUCAUUGUAUAAUUCGUAUUUUGCCUAAAUUAUAUAGCAAGCUAGGAAAGCGUAUACUCUUACAUCAAACAAAGAAAGUUAUAUGCAGAAGUUACUCAAAAAAUGUCUAAAAUAUGAAAAAUAUGUGUGACCAACUGGGAAUUAUUUACAGAUAACUCAUUGGAAAACACCGUUGAUGUUAUUACCUGUUAUCUUAAAUUCUGUUUUCAUAUUUGUUUUCACACUGAAAUCCUUUUUGUAAGUUUUGAUCGACUUACAUUGGUAGAACUUAAACGAUUACAGAGAAUAAAAGAAGGAAUGUACAGGGAGAGAAACUUUAUGGAAGUUGGAGGGCUAAAUGAUCUAAUAAACCUAGAAAUUAGAUGUCUGAACCCUAUGUUUACUCAGAAACCCCUAUCUUGUAAAAACUUUUCAAGUAUGUGGAAACUAUUUAAAGAGCUUACAAGUGAGAGACACAUUAGAGGUGGUAACCAGCUGAAUGUUUGUGACUUAAAUAGGUCUUUUGUACGUCAUUCAUCUGAUGUCAUACUUCUUAUAUAUACACACACAGGUUUGAAUAAUGUGUUCCGAUUUUCACUGAAACUGAUGUCCGAAAAUGUAUCUAGUCACUUAACUCGUCUCAGUGUUUAGGACUUGAUGAAAUCCCAAACUUCUUUUUUUUUAAAAUGUUCUGACGUUCUGUGUUAUCCAUUCAUGAGCAUCUUUAAUAAAUCUUUCUCAACUAAUCUCAUACCGAAAAUGCAGAGAAGGAUAAACAUAAUCCCAAUAUCUAAGAAAGUAUCUGGCCGUAAGUAUUUGAAAUUUGAAUCCAUUGCAAUUACUUCACCUUUUCUCUAAACAAUAGAAAAAUAAUUGAUACUCCUACUUCAAAUUGCACUAAAAGAGCACAUUGAUCCGUAUCAAUUUGUUUACGAAUGCAAAAGAAGCACAUCAGAUGCUGCUAUUGUUCUGCAUCAUUAUAUAGUGUUCAGCUUGGAAAAGGGUAAGAAGUGUGUUCGAUACACUUUUCUUUACGAUACUUCUGCCUUUGACUCUAUUCCAAGAGAACUACUACUUAACAAGUUAAUCAGCUUCAACACUGAUAGCUAGAUAACCAACUGGCUAUGUUCCUAUCUGUGAAAGAGAACACUACACAGUGUUUGGAGGAAGGUGUUCGACGUUUCAUGGUGUGGCACAACGAGCUAUUCUUCCCUCUCCUCUUCCCUCUUAUUUUUCUGCAUGAUCUACCAUCAUCCACAGAAAACACGUUCUUUUAAAUAUGCGGACGAUCUCACUGUAUAUAUGCCGAUUUCUACCUCUUUACAUCCCUUUGAAAUGAAUGAGUUCUUGUUUCUUAUUGAAUAGUAGUCUGUUGUUAAUGAUUUUACACUUAACCAUUCUAAAUGUCAAACUGUUAACAUCAGUCUGAGAAAUGAACAGCACCUAAACGCCCUUUUGGAAUCCCAUAAAGCUUGUACCAUUGGAGAUUCUUCGAUAAACACAGUGUCGAAGUUCAUUUAUCUUAGUGUAAGUUUCGUCUGGCUUACUACAUAAAGGGGUUGCAUGCUUUUGUCAUUACUCCAUAUUUACUCUUACGAUUUGUCAAUUCUCGCGUACUACCUAUUAUUCUUUACUGUUCUGAAUUAUUCUUUCCCGUGCUUUCAAGAAAAGACUUUGCUGUAUUGAGGAGAGUGCUGACGGUUGUUAGUAGGGUUUAUGGUAAAUUUUUUAAGGUCAUUAUUAAUGUGGUUGUGGUUGCAAACUCCUCACAGGUGUUAUCUUAUCAAAUACAAACCAUCCACUUUAUUCACAUAUUUUUCCUUGUAUAUCCUGGUGGAAUGAUAUUUCUAUACAUCAGAACCCAUGCACGCAAGAAAAAAUAUGAUAGUUCUACAUUACCUUAUCUAGCAAAUAUACAAUGUGAUGAACAGGUUGUUCAAGUUGAUCUAGUCAAUAACUUGUAUUCUUAAACAUGUUUCUAAUUUUUUUUAAAAAUUGUACGGAUUCAAAUCUUUAAAAAAACAUUUCAUUUAACUCCGUGCAGUUUAUUUGCUUGACUUUUGUAUAUAUGUUUGCAGCUAUCAGUUUCUCGCACCCUUUUUUUUCUUUUUUUGUCAAUGUAACUUGUUGAAAUACCUUGUGCUGAAAAUUCGAUAUUGUACCAGAACUAUAAUAUUGAAGAAAUCCAUUAACAAUAAUGAUAACAACAAUGAUAGUAAUAAUAUUGUCAGUGGAAAUUCUUUCAAUUUUGUAUUUUCCGUAGAUUUUGUCUUAAAAUACCAGUAGUUUAUUAUUUUAAACAUUUUAUGGAUUGGACUAAAUGAAAGAAAUGCAACAGAAUUUGCUCUUACUUACUUACACCUGUUACUCCUAAUGGAGCAUAGGCCGCUGACCAGCAUUCUCCAACCCACUCUGUCCUGGGCCUUCUUUUCUAGUUCCAUCCAAUUCUUGUUCAUUUUUCUCAUGUCUAUCUCCAUUUCCCGGAGUAAUGUGUUCCUUGUUCUUCCUCUUUUCCUUUGGCCUUGAGGAUUACAUGUGAGGGCUUGCCUUGUGAUGCAGUUGGGUGCUUUCCUCAAUGUGUGUCCUAUUCACUUCCAGCGCUUCUUCCUGAUUUCUUCCACUGGGAUCUGGUUUGUUCUCUCCCACAGUAGGUUGUUGCUAAUAGUGUUCGGCCAACGGAUCCGAAGUAUUUUGCGUAGACAAUUGUUAAUAAACAUCUGUAUCUUCUGGAUGAUGGCUUUCGUAGUUCUCCAGGUUUCCGCCCCAUACAGUAGAACUGUCUUAACAUUUGUAUUGAGAAUCCUGACCUUGGUGUUGGUUGACAGUUGUUUUGAGUUCCAGAUGUUCUUUAGUUGUAAAUAUUCUGCUCUUGCUUUGCCGAUCCGCGCUUUCACAUCCGCAUCAGAUCCACCCUGUUCAUCGAUAAUGCUGCCCAAAUAUGUAAAGGUUUUUACAUCUUCCAAAUCGUCUCCAUCAAGUGUAACUGGAUUGGUGCAUGCUGUGUUGUAUCGGAGAAUCUUGCUUUUCCCUUUGCGUAUAUUGAGACCUACUGCUGUUGAGGCUGCUGCUACACUGGUCGUUUUCUCCUGCAUUUGUUGUUGCGAUUGCGAUAGGAGGGCCAGAUCAUCUGCGAAGUCUAGAAUUUGUUCAGAAUUUGCUCACUUUAGUUAAAUGAUCACCAAAUGCCAAAUAUAACAAACCUUAAAGUAUGGAUACAGCUAUACUGCUUCCAUAUACGGUAAAUUUUUUAAAUAGAUCAGAAAUGACAAAACUGUCACAGAAAUGCAAGUUGGAGACGAUAAAUAUCAAUGUAUUCCUGUGAUUGUCCUUACUUUUUACUUCAGUUCUCAUACACAUAGUUCCAUUAUCUUGAAGAGAGCAAAAACAAAGCUUGGUGUGGAAUAAUAUGAAUUCAUUUUAUUUUUUUAUGUUCUCAUCAGCUGCUUACAACCUGUAAUAUUUUAAAAUCAACGUUAUCAUAGAGAUUGACACUUAAUAAUUCGAGAGUGAUUAGAGAUGAGUAUGUGUUUCAUGAUGUAUCCAAGAUUCCAAUAGAGUUAAUAAGGUCUUAGGAAGUUUUGUUUCAGAUAAAUGUGUGAAGAGAAAAGUUCCAGAACAUCGAAUUAUUGAUUAGAAAUCAGAGUUAACAAACCUUAGAUGAUUGUGUAAUAAAGUAACUGAAAACGUAUUAAUUGUGUAGGGAUGGCCCCCAGUGAACUCAAGGAAGCUCUGAAAGAGCCGAAGACAUUCCAUCCAAACUUUUUUGAAAGAACAUUCCAGAAUCUCGAUAUGUAGCUUCCCGAUUGUACAAAUGCUGCAUGCAGAUUGGAUGACUGUAAUAAUGAUUUUGUUUUUACUGUAAACUGUCUGAGUGUUUUGUACCAUAUUUGACACUAUUUGGAAUAAGAUUCAUUCAUACUCGUCUUCUGUCUUCCAACUUGCGAACCGGAGGGUCCUAGCGUUCGAGUGCUCAAGUUGUACGCGGUAUAGCAAGAAAUACACGUUCUAGUUAUAAGAAGUUGUAAUAAAGAAUGAUGUGAGUUAAAAUCAGUCAAUGCGAAUGAAAAUUGUGGGUUAAAGAAAAGUGGCUAUGAUGUAACCAAGACGUAAGAAAAAAUUUAAAUAAUGAAUGAUUCAAUAAAAAAGAUGUAACGUUAUCAGGGUAAGGAAAGAUUUAUUAGUACCUUUUUGAGCACAUAUGUAUGAAUUUAGACGUUUAAUCUCUAUGGUUUUGGCAAAUUUCAGAAGGUUGGGGCUCGAUUUUUUAUUAAUCACCUUGAAAGACUUCAAUGUAUCCACUUAACUUCAACCUAAAUUCAAAAGUGAUGAUGUUACAGGGUCAAUUAACAUGUUAACUUCGUGAUAUUAAGUUUUUCCUAGGUCAUUGUAGAGACAUAGCCAUAUCGUUAUGACCUUAGAGCUUUCAUUAAUAAGGCCAUAUAAAUAAUGGCUGUCUGAUUUGAUCACACUUGAUUCGAUUAAUGUGUGGUUGUUUUCAAAUAAAUUAUGAGUUCGACCUAUCUGUAAACCUGCCUAAGUCACCGAAGUCUAUGUUUCAAGAUGGUGACACCAACUGAGUUAUUGUUAUUGUGUCCCAACACACGUUGCCGAACGUCUGAAUCACUGACAGUGUUGUCACUGAAUGUCAGCAAUCCUUUAGAGAAAACGAUGAUCAAACACAGAGUCGUCUAACAUACUCAACUCAGAGAGGCCAGGUUUCACAAGCAUAGACCAAAACUGCUCUCACCGAUCCUUUGUAGAUCUGACCUCUUACAACCAGACUAACAUCACAGCGGCACCGAAGAUGCCCUAGAUUGGUAUAAGCUGUAUUCACUAUACGUAGAUUAAUCUCAUCACUCACACCAACACCAUCACUUACACAGCUACUCAGGUACACGAAAUUCUGGAGUUAGUACAAACAUAGGCUCCUGCCAGUCUUGUAAAAGUACUUUGCACUUACAAGGUGCAAAGCUCAUUCCAUACCUACGGAUACUGAUUGCCAACUAAUUAAAUGCAGAUUGCAUGACUUGGGUAUCAAUACACAAAGAGGCAAUAUCAUCCGUAUACCCAAGAUCGAAGUCUUUCUCCCGUUAACAGAUCCACAUCAUCAUUACCUAUAUCCAUCAGAGCUGUUUCGAGAACGUGCAUGGAAACAUUUAUCAAUAGUAAACUGCUAUAUCUGUUGCAGUAACACAGUGAUUGCAGUUACCGGUUAAUAAUUAAAUCAGGGCUUAAUAAACUGCUUUCAAUUAAUUGUACUGAUAUCUUCCAAUAGCCCAUAAAAUCUAAUUUUAUACAUUUUAGUUUGAUUAUUUUAUAUAUGACCAUAUUAUUUUAUUAGAUAGCAUAUAUAACAAUGACAUUUCGUUUAUCUGACUCGAAUUUCAAUAGUCCCAGUAAUUAAUUCACGAUUUGUUUUUUUUUUCGAUCAAUAAUUUAGCCAUUGUUCAAGUUAUCAUCUUAUUCAAACUAUGUUACAUUUGGUACAUGCAUUUAUGGGCUAUAUUCUUAUGUUGAUUGUAAUGACGUACAAUGUCUAUUUGUUAUUGGCUGUUCUAUUCGGUUUCACACUUGGCUACUUUCUAUUCGCACGAAAUCGAGCUCUACUAGUCCGAUCACAUAACUGUUGUCAUUAAACAAUGGGCACAUAGUUAUGUGUGUGUUGGUCAGUGAAUUAAUCCAAGCUCUCCGGAUUUAUUUGAAGAUAAUCAAAUUACUUUGUGGCACACUGUUCAGAUACAUUUUAGAUCUCAUUGUGUUCUUCAUGUUUGUGUUACUAUUGUUGUUCCUGUGUUGGUUAUUCUUAUUUUUUCAACAUUGUUCUCUACCUUCAUUUUUUACCUCCAUUUUUUAAUCACCAUAUCUAGAUUUUGUGAAUGUCCAAUAUACAACAAUAUAUAUUAUUUUGUAAAGAUCUAUUAAAAUCAAGUAGCGUAGGUAUGGUUUUGACUGUUUUGUUUGUAAUUUCUGUGUUACCUAUCCUAAAUCAUUUCUUCUACCACUCUUUAUGUACAUUAGAUAAUUUUACUUAGGGUUUGUUGAUUCUCCCCGAUCUCUAUUAUUAAUAAAAUAUUUGUGAUUUGUGUUCAAGACAUAUUUCAAUAAUACCUUUUAGCUAUUGUAAUGUGGCCAUGUUUUACUGUUUUGAUGAUUAUGGUGAUCAGUCAGCUACUAUUCGUACUUCAUUAGUUAAGUAUAUCUUGUCAGUUUUGCUCUUUCAUGUUUCUGUUUUGUGGAGAUUUGAAAAACAAAAGUUUAUUCUACAUUCUUUAUGAUUUCAAAAGUUAUGCCGUUUCUUUUUUGCAAUAUGUCAGUAAAAUUUAAUAUGAUUUAAAAUAAACAGUUACUUACCAUAUAAACUUAUCAGUUGGUUUCUCUGAUUUCGAAGUUUUCUCUAUAUAAGCAUGAGAUACUCCUUUAAAAUUUAUGCUCAGCCAGAUUAUUUAGAGAAUCUAAAUUUUCCUUAUUAUAUUUGUAUAGUUAUAAACUACGUACAUGAGGCUUAAGCACAAUAAUGAAUCAUUCUAAGGUAUAGAAAUUUCAGAUCAUAAUCAAUGAUUAGAAAAGACAGAUGAAGAGAUCAAUAAAUAAGUAACAAUAGAGUAAUCAAAUAUUCAGUAUAUCUAUUAGCUGCUUAACUGUACUAUCUUGUAAACCUUAAUCAUUAAGAAUACAAUUAAAUUAAAACUUAAUUUACUGGAAAUUUCGUAACUUGGUUGCACAUUUUAUAUUACAUCCAACUAUUCUGUAUUGUAUGUUCAUUUUUUUCAUUUUAACUAGCUAACAAUGUCAACAAUUGUUUUGUUUUUCAGUCUAUACUAACAUAUUCAUUUACCACUGAAAUAUGACAAUUAAAAAAGAAAUAAUCACAUUAGCGUUAUCAUUGUAAAAUGAUCAGAAAUUCUUCUGCUUCUCAAUUAUAAUUUCUUAAUCUUUACUUUUGAACUUUGCUCUACUACUCCAUAUCUUUUUCAUUUUUAUCUAAGUUUUCUCUUCUGGAAUAUUCAUAUAUUCACCCUAUAAAUAAACAACCAUCUUAACGGUUUUUAAUUCCUUCACAAUUAUUGGCUCUUAUUAUCCUACAUGUACACGUCAAUCUCAGUUUUAUCUAGGUCUUUUCCAACAUAAACUUUGGACACUUAUUAUUUUUAAUGGGUAACAUUAUUGUUUCUGGAUUGUAAGAAGAUGAUAACAAUCCACGAAAUAAAUGAAUUCAUGCUAGUCGGCUACAUCCUUUAUUCACAUUUUUGUGAGAUUUAGUGUUUAAUGUUGUAAGCACAGUUCAAUCAAAUCAGGAAUCACACUCAAAAAUUAUAGAUACACUUAACGAGUUAACAGAUACUAUAAAAGAAGUUUUGUGCUUGAGGAAGAGGUCAACGAAUUCUUUAAUAAUGUUGACUCUAGGCAAUGUUUAAAUGCUCUUUUAUCAGAUUCUUCUCAUUCUAAUUAUCUAGUCUAAUGAGACAAAUGAAUCAAUUCCCGGUCAAAUUUUUAAUGAUGUCAUAUCAGAUGCUGACUAUCUUAAUGACUCACUAGUUUUUGAUGAAGUACUUAGUGAAUUUGAGAAAAAUAUUUCAAAUGAAUCAAAUUCUGACAUUAUAACACAUGUUACUUGUUCUCACAAUGCAUUUGUUUUUAGUGGGAACCUUAGUCAAUAUGAUUCAUAAAUUCUCAAUGGGUUCAAAUCUUAUUAUAGUUCGAAUGAACCCAUAUCUAAUGCUAUUUAUCCUCACAAUCCAUUCACCUCUAGCUAGUGUGAGAAAAGUGUUUUAAAUGAAUCACAUUUCAGGUGUUGGGUGCUCUCACACCUCAUAUAUAUUAUAUAGAAUCCCUCCUCAAUGCUAUAAUAAAUCAGUUGACAUAACAAGUAUUUGUGAAGUAGUCGCGAAACCAGAAUGCUCAGGAGCGACAGAAGGACCCCUCAACCUCUGUGUAUGCCCAUGCACCUCAAUAUGCACAUAUAAUAGUGCUAGUAGUGAUAAAACAGUUCAGGUCAGUAAAGUCACAUAAUUUGUAACUUGGGUACAUGAAGAUCCAACGUUUCGUGUUGGAGGGAGAAUCAUAUAUGCAUUGAACGAAGGAGCGAGGUAUAGAACUCAGAAGGUUAAGUAGAUUAUUCUUCAAAUGAUGCUGGAAAAAAACAACCGGGAUGCAACUACGUUACCGGCCGAGGUCCCAGCGAGUACAAAAAAGAACAACAACCUUUGUAGUAAACUCUCUGUGGAAAACUUAUUCUUACGUAUUCUAUUUUAAAAAAAGGGAGGUGAUAUGACAGGAUAAAAAGGUGACAUUACAUUCCUUUACUCAAUGUGACUUUUUGUUCAACAUUACUUCCAUUUUUAAUUCAAUAUGCUAAUUACUCAAUGUAGGAUUUGUGUUUGUUUUCCAAGUAUGAUAUUUUCUUCGGUAUAAAAUUAAUUUUUUAAGUGUGAUGUUUGUUUAAUAUAUGAUAUUCUUGUAUUAAAUUAACAUGAACUGUGCUCAACAUGACACAGCUUGUGAUUUGUUAAAUCUCAGUAUCCUUUAUAUGCGUGUACAAUCAAUCAAUAAAUGAGUGUAUUUUCGACUAGGGUCGUCGUGUUUUGGGUUUAAUAAACCUUCACUUGUACCAGUCUUGGCGUUCUUACUUCACGUCGUAGGAAUUGCAGUGGUACCUCGUUGUACAAGUAUAAGUGGUAAGCAAUCCUGACAUAACAAUUAGCGACGACCAGAUAUAGCAAUUGGCGACACAGUCAUAGCAGUCGACCACCAGUCAUAAUACGAUUCAUAUUUUGUAAUUCGACCGAAUGAUAAUGUGAAAUUUUAUCAUUUAACUGAUUCGUGUAUUUUUAUUGAUAACCUUCAAGUCAGUCAGUCGGUCAGCUACAACGUAGGACCAGGCACAUAUGUGCAUCGGUCCAGGUUGCCAUACCGCAUCAGCACAACAAGAUGAACACCGGAUUCACAGCAGUGGUUAGGUCAAAGGUGGUAAUAUAUAAGAGAAAGAUUGCAUAUAGUGAUAUAGUACAAGAAGAAAGAAUUAGUUCGUAGAAGGAAAGAUAUGAAGUGAUUUUAAUCUCUUAGUUUAAGGGAAGACAGGGAGUGUAUACACCGACGCCAUUGUGAUCGAUUCUGAGCCAUGUCACCAAGAGUCUCCAACCAUUGGUUACGACAGUCACGCGGACCCCAACCAAGUAGUCUGCAUCUACCAACAUGGCUCAGACUAGAAGUUAGUGACUUCAAGCACUGAUGCCACGUUUUGGUUUGGCCGCCCCUAACUUUCUUCCAACCAUCCCGAACACCGGAUAGCAUUGCACGUCGUGGUAAUCGGUGUUCGGGCAUAUGUAACACGUGGCCCAACCAUCUCAGUCGAUGAAGAUUUACAACCUCAUCGAUUGAUUUACCAUCCUUCCCUAAUACCUGCUAUGACCUUGACGUCUGGUUUUUCUAUCACACGAUUUAUCUACCAAUCCGAAUACGACUUAUACGAAUCUUCACACUAGGCCAACCAAUGACGUUCAACCGGUGUGGGCAGUUUAGCGUCCUUAUUGGUCCUAUGUCCUCCGAGCCCUUCCACUUGAGUCCAGAACACAAUACCAGCUUCCGUAAUAUGAAUCGAAUCAGAGCAGAUCGUUUAUUUCAGACAUACCCGGUUUAUAUAUCAAUCAGACAGACCACAACGUACCAUAAAAUAGAAAAUAACAUGUGUACACAAAUAAGCCAAAAAGUGGCUGUGAACGAGGGGGACAGUAAUUAAUAGACUGAGCUUGGCUUAAGAAUUGUAAAUCGUACAAUAAUAAAAUAUAGGUCAAAAUAAAGCUUAUAAUAAGAGGAAUAUAAAUAUACAUAACGUAAUUGUUGAAUAGUUAUACAAUAAGAAUAUUUAUAGAAUAUUAGUCCAUUAGUAGUCCUCGGGAGUUACCUGUAAUUUAAUCGUCACUGAAUUAUAACAAUACCCUGCGUCUAACCUCACUAUUACUUACCCGGUAAUCCCAGCAGACUCCAGCAAUAUUUCUGAGGCAUCUGUGGUCAAAUACUAGUAGCUUACGAGUGUCUUCUACUCUUAAUGGCCAUGUUUCGCUGCCGUAAAUUAAAACAGGACGGACUGACGCGCAGUAUACUCAUCCUUUCAUUGAUAGACGGAUAUCUCGCCUUCUCCAAAGGUGAUAUAAGUUGGCAAAAGCCAAGCAAGCUUUUCGAAUCCGUGCUGAGAUUUCGUCCGAUACCAGUGCAUUGGGGUUGAUCAGACUUCCAAGAUGAGUGAAGUUGUCGACGCGUUCGACUACUUCACUCCCUAUCCUUAGUUCAGGUGUUGACGCAGGCCAGUCCUGAAGCAACAACUUGCAUUGAGAGGGAGAGAAGCGCAUUCCAAACAUUCUGGCAUUGUUGCUCAGUGCUACCAGAAGACUCUGCAUUUUGUCAGCGUCUUCACCAAACAGGACUAUGUCAUCUGCGUAUUCUAAGUCGAUAAGUGGACCUCCUGGAUGGAGAUCAAUACCCGAGAAUUCAGUCGACGAGAAUGUUAUUUCCAUCAGUAGAUCUAUGAUGAAGUUAAACAAAAAUGGAG